GUGCCAGGAGCCCUUGGCUGCCCAGCAAAGGAAUUUGGUGGUGGUGAGAAGACGGUGGGUGAACUUGGCAGUCCUCAAAAGUUUCUUUACUGGCAAUUUCCCAAUUGGAAGACCAACAACAAGACUAUCAUGGUUCCUCCCGCCUACAAACCCACUGAAUCAGGCUACACAAUUUCAAAAGAUGGCAAAUAUGCUGAUGAAGAUGACGUCAAUAUAAGAGGAAGACAAGGAGAGAAACUUGUGUACGAUCAUCUGCAAAAAAAUGGCCGAGCAAAGAACCUGGGCAUGUUUGUCAUUCAUGGAUUUGACCUUACAGAGAUUACCAAGUGGAAUACUAGAUGCAAAAGUGAAGAUUCCGUGCCUAAGUCAGAUAAAGUAGAUAAAACAGGAGAAAGCGACUUUGUCAUCUUUCACCAUAAAAAAGGCGUCAUUCUACUCGAGGUUAAGAGUUUGAAGAAGUCUGAGAAAGAAUUACUAGGAUCUAAAAUCAUUGAGGCUAAAGCCCAACUGGAUAGAACCAGGACAGUUGUUGAAGCUUUCGCUGUAGUGAACAAUUCCAGCGAUGAACAAUCUGAUCGCUUGGAGCCACCUCCAGUGAUGAUGGUUAUUGCUCUUCCUUCCACGAAGAGAGGUAGUCCACAUGCUCACGUGGAUGACACUUUAUUAAUGUAUGAGGAAGAUCUUGCAAGUCCGGAGAGCUUUUCAAAAUGGUGGUAUGACAACAUUGAAUCACCUCCCUGGAUGGCCUCCACCCCAGACAUCACCAACAAGGCCUAUGAAUUGGCCUUAUCAAGAAUCUUGGCUGUACGACAUCUUGGCCCUGUAACUGAGUCUGAAUACACAGCUGACAUAAGCUAUACCUUAGACACCUUCAAGCAUCUGGGAAACUUGGCUAGUGGACGCUUCCGCAGGAUCAAGGAAGUUGAAAACCCCCAUCUCUUUCGCUGGUGCAAGUACAUGAUGUCUCAGGUCAAUCUCCCUAUUGCCAAAGUUUCAUGCAAAGAAGCUUUGCACACCCUUAACAGCAUCAAUGUUACUGCUUCUGAGGCAAACCUUUUGAAGGUUCUUAAUGAACAUCUUUCUGAUAAAAAGUUCCUUCUGGGGAACAAGAUGGCCGGUGAAGACACAAAGAUAUUCCAGUACCUUUGGACAGUGUACAUCAUUGACAUUGACAGCAUAACCAGAUUCAUGAAUAGAGUUACUGAUGCAAAGAAGAAAGAUAUAAUAGUUGACACGGCCAAAACUCUGACAGACCUAGGUUUAGCCAAAGCAGAUAAUGUUACCGGACUAAAUGAGCUCUCGAAGUUAUUAGACAAAAGCCAAAGUGGAUUUCUAGAAGGGGAAAGCUGCACAAAUCUGGACAGAGAACUGUGUGAAAACCUGGCCGGAGGAAAUGUCAGGAUUCUGGCCCUUCCUCUCAAGAAGCGAUGGGCACCCGUGUUUACAAUGGAUCAGCUUGCCGUGUUUGAUGGACCAAAGAAACAGCUUAUCAUCGGUGGGCCAGGGAGUGGGAAGACAGAGUUGAUGAAGGCCAAGGCUCUCAUACUCGCAGAGAAGUUGCCACCUGGAAAAAAGAUUUUAUACUUGAUCCACGGUGACAGAAAAAACGUCUUUCCUAAUGUCAUGAGAAAAUUUUUCAACGAUAACAACGAUAACAAGGAAAUGUGUGUGGAUGUACUGACAGUUGAGUUAGAGGGGGAACAUCGCAAGGCCUUUGAAGACCAGCAAGCUCAGUUAAAAUGGGAAACAUACAGCCAUGUUUUCAUUGACGAGCUAUGGAUUGGUUCAAAGAUCAGAUACGAAAUGCAGCAGGACGGUAAUAUGAAUGUAAUCGACGAGCUAACAAUUCCCAAACAAGCAUUAGAGAGCAUUGAGGGCUAUGUUUGGAUGACCUCUGUCUUUGACUUUAAGAAAGAGUGCUUUGAGAAAAUCAGCAAAGAAGAAAUCACAGAAGUGUUAACCUUGCAGAGACUGGAAGGGAAAGAGAAUUUGCUUUACAAAAAGCUCAGUACACCAUCUCUUCUGGAGGUUCUGGAAAAAAAAGGUGGAGUCACAAGUAGGAUCAGGCACCCUUUGAGGAGUGUGAACAACAUUGUGAGGCUGCUACAAGGCUACAGUUCCUUGUAUCUUGAGAGAAGUUUUCCAUAUGGUGUAAAGAACAUGCUCAAUCACAAUGUGGAUGGGCAGGAAAUCACCUGGAUUGCUGUCCAACCAGAGGGAAAUGAUGUCUCACCAGAGAGAGCACAACAUGCUGGACAUUCACAUGUGGACAGGGAUCAUCUUACAAUGCUAAUGUACAACAAAUGCGUGCAAGUCAUUGAACAAGUUAUCUGGUUCAAUCGUGACCUUCGUCCACCUUCGUCCACCUUUAUUAAGCUACAGCUUAAUCCUGAUGAUAUUCUGGUGGUCAAUUUUGUUGCACGCUAUCAGUCCAAACAUAGUUUAGCUGGUGGUCUCACCUUGGAAAACAUUCCUGUCUGUGACCUGAAUGACCAAAGAGCAUCUUCAGCUGAGGAUGAAUUUCUUGACAGGUUACGUGGUGGAGUGUGUCUCUUGAAUUCAAAGUCAAGAAAGGAUUCAGCUUGCCUUGAUGGUGCAGAGUGGCCCAUGGUAAUUGUGCUUCUGACACCUGAACUUCUGUUAGGUGAUGGGAAUUCUGGGUUUGAACCUGUUCGUAACUAUGAUCCGUACAUAGCCAUGUUCCGUGCUCAGGCGAAACUUGUUGUGAUAUCAGACUCAUGGAGGUCAUCCCAUGACUUCCUCAACACAGUCAAAGAAAAAAAAGCCUAGGUAACUUGGAAUCAAAAAUGAGGCCCUGUUUUCCUAGCUAGUAAU